GGAUUCUGUGAGUCUUAGAUUGAAUCAGUAGGUCUGUCAAUCAAGGGUUGACAUCUACGUGGUGAGGUUUGGAACCACUAACCCGGUUGUACACUUAUCACCAUGGUUGAGACCCGUAGUGGGAAGGAGACUAGCCCCUACACUACUGAGCAGCAAGAAAAGAUGGCCGCCUUAGUCACAGAGAGGAAAGAGAGGAAAGAGCGUGAGAAGCAAGCGAAGCUAAAGGCUAUCGCAGACGAACAGGCGGCGAAGAUGAAGAGAUUAGAGGAGGAGAUGAACAAAGUACAACAAGAGGAGGAAGAAAGAAGAAAAGCUGCUGAAACAGAAGCGGCAGCAGAAGAAGAGAAAGAGAGGAUGAGGAUUGAGAGUGGAGAAGGGAGUAGUAGUGGCACGAGGACGAGGGAGAUGACAAGGGAGAUGACAAGGGAGAUGACAAGGGAGACAGAUACAGGGUUGGAAAAGAGGAUCAGCGAGUGGGUGGCUAAUUUAUCGUUGGGAGAAGACGAAGAGGCGGAGUCUUACGUGACUAAGGAUGAGAAGGCUGCGCUGGCCGCCGAGCUAGCAGCCAUAACAGACCCAAUGGAACGAAGAGAGAGGGAGGAGGAACAAAAGUUAGCAUGGAAACUGAGGAUGAAGAGAGAGAAGAAGAAGAGGAGAGAGGAAGUGAACAAGAUGACCGCAGAGGUAGCAAAGGUGCAGGCGUGCAGACAGGAGGUGCUGGCCCAGCCAUAUGACAAGGCCAAGUGGGACAAAGUACUGGGCUAUUUAGAGGUGUUGAGCAAGGCCUGGAUGGAGGAGCGUCAGGCAAGCUGGAGCCAGGAUGUAGCAUUGAGUGCCAUGCGGUCAGGAUUUAGAGAUUUCGCGCGCGAGUUCGUCACCCAUAUUGGGGGCGAAGUGAAGCAAUUGAGAGAUAAUGUAGGGAAGUUUUGUGAGGGCGCCAUUCAGGGUGCCAAAGCAGUAGCCGCUGUAGAGGGAGAGGCCAGACCCCGUAAGGAUCCGGUGAAACUUAAGUUCCCAGACGCGUACGGGGGGAAGAAGGACGAGAACUUUGACAACUGGGAGGCCAGUGUCAAUAGCUACAUCUAUUUACAACAUAUCCUGAUGGAGGAGCAAGUCCUCGUGGCCUUCCAGGCCCUGAAGGACGAAGCGGCUAACUCUGCAAUGAUGUUUCCCUUUGAAAGGGAGGGGGUACCGGUUGCUUGGAAGGCGAAGCGGCCUGGAAGUCACCGCCCAAGAGGCAAGCAGGCUGCUAUAUCUCCAGGCCGGGCGAAGAGCCCAGCCUCAUUGUCAGUGUGCAAGUUUGGUGACACACUGCCUGGAGCUCUGGCUGGAGCAGCGCUAGCAAGAGCAGCACUGCUGGGGAAGGAGCAAGGACAUGGAGGAGGAAGAAGAGCAGGAGGAGGGGGAGCGCCAGAGGUACUUACCUGGCUAUGGUGGCAGCCAUUUUCAUCACCUUGGUGGGCGCUGCAGCAGGAAGACCCCAGCUGGGGUAGAGCUACACCAAGAAGCUUCGAGGCAGAGUCAGGCAUGGCACCCUGAGCUAGAGCAGCCAUAGCUGCUUUGGGUUGUCCUUUGGGCAUCAGGACAAGGCCCAGUACUCCGCCAUAGCCUCGGCCUAUGAGAGUG